AUGAUGACAAACGAAUCAAGAUCGAAUAACGACAGUCCGGCUCUAGGUCAAAGUUCAUCGAUCACUCAAAAAAAUUACGUUAUAUUAACAUCACCGGAAAAAGUUAACGAUGUAGAAUCAAAAAAAUACAACAAAAUCAACAACGACAUGUUUGAUGAUUCCUCACUAUUUGAAAUAUCGACCACCGUAUCAAAAUCUCCAAAUUUUAUAUCGAGUUUUGAAAAAUCACCACAAAAAUUAACAGAAUUGGAAAUAUUUAGUGGUGGUGGCAGUGGUAAAAGCGGUACCGGAAGUGGAUUAUCGGAAAUGACAAAAGUAACACACGUUUUUGAAACGAUAGAACCAGAAUAUUCAUCGUCGUCGUCUAUUGUAAAUAAAUUAACGGAUAUGGAAAGUGGUGCAUUAACAAAUAACAAUUCACAGCUAUGA